UGUAGGCUAUGUUUUUCCUGGAGGUUAGCGCCUACUUUUGUAAUGGCAAGCUGCGCAUCAACAGAGUUUAACCAGUUUAACGCGGUUUGCUGACGGUUUUCGCCUCCAUCACAAGACACAAAUAACCGACAAACGGUAUCAGCUCUGCGUGCGUUUGUCCUUUUAUCUCGUUAUGCAGACGGGACACGACGCGUCGAGGAGACACGUUAACAAACAGUGAGUCCGUGUUGCGUGCUGUGGACUGGGGCUGCCACUUUCAACCAAAACAAUGUUGACUAACGACGUGUGGACACUUAAAAAAAGGCAGUCAUUUCAAGGAUGGACAAAGGUAGAGUGAAGAAGAAAACCUAUAGAGAUGAGCAUUUGAGCAAAUUGGUCUACACUGAAAGCCCGGAGGAGGGAGGUCUGUUGAAAGUGGCUCCCCACAGUGCUAUGUCCAUCACCUCAGUCAUUCCUCCACCCAGCCCGUUCAUGCAGCCAGGACAAGUACCCAACGGCCUCAGCAACAGCCCCCCCCUUCCAGAGGAACGCACCCCUGUCGCUAUCACUGCCACAGCCAUACUAAGCCCCUCAUUUGAAGACCCAGAGCCCAGGGGCCUGACCAAAGAUCACAGAAAUCAGCAACAGCAGUUGCUCCAUACACAGACCUCCACAGCAUUUGGGCAUCAAACCUUGGGUGACAAUUUGCCUCAGUUGGAGGCCAAAAUAGCAGACAUUACCCAGUCCUCCAUGGAUUCCCUUAUUGGGGGAUCAGAUCCUAGCUUCUUCCACAUGAAAACAGAGGAUUUCUCCAUGGAUAGAGACCAGGAUCCCUCUGACCUUGAUCAUGCAUUUGAUCACAUUGGGAAAGAUGUGGACAUAAGCCAAAAGUUGUUCAGUGACAAUGCUCUGGACCUACUCCAAGACCUUGAGCUCACUGUGUCCCCCUCAGAUUUUUAUGUAGGGGACGAUGCGUUCCUGUCGACUCUGGCGGAUGAUUCUCUGCUAGGGGAUGUUUGCUCAGAAAGAGACAUAAAGUCUGCUAUGCUUGAGAACAGUAAUGGCAGUGGUGCUGUCUCUGUUGCUCUCAAUGGCAGCAUUAUGGCAAGUCCAGAUCAGUCCAGCACUAACAUAUCCACAGCCUCCCCCCAAACCUUUACGACCACUCUGUCUGCAUUGGUGAAGAAAGAAAAAGAUGAUGACUUUAUUCAGCUCUGUACCCCAGGCGUGAUCAAACAGGAGAAGACAUCUGCUGGCCAGAUUAAUUGUCAAAUAAGUGGCUCAUCCUCCACAGUUUUGCCCAACUCAAACCCCAUUUCAAUCUGUGGUGUCAGCACAUCAGGAGGACCGUCCUACCACUUUGGAGUCAACACAAGUCAAAGUGGUGAAGCUCAGCAGCAGAAGGAUCAGAAGCCAGUGUCCAAAGUGUUUCUUCCAGUGACAACAAUCAGUGGAAAUUGGAACAGAGGCCAGGGUGCAGUUAGCGCGGGUCUUAUGCAGAGAGCAAGUGACUGCUUCUCAAGCUCCCCUACCUUCUCCACCAGCUUUGCAUGUUCUACCUCCAGACAAGAAGGGGCCACUGCUACAUCCUCUGGCCAGGUAAAGAGUGCAACUCAUAAAAUCUGCCAAGUGUGCUCCGAUGAGGCUUCAGGCUGCCACUAUGGCGUUCUCACGUGCGGCAGCUGUAAGGUCUUCUUCAAGAGAGCGGUGGAAGGGCAGCAUAAUUACUUGUGUGCUGGGAGGAAUGACUGCAUAAUAGACAAGAUCAGGAGAAAGAACUGCCCGGCCUGCCGCUUCCACAAGUGUCUGAUGGCAGGCAUGAACUUGGAAGCUCGCAAAACCAAGAAGAUGAACCGUUAUAAGGGCAACCAGCAGGGCAACCAGCCCAAGGUGACACCGCCACCUCCACCAGUUGAAGCCUGCACCCUGGUUCCCAAGGGUAUGCCUCAACUGGUUCCCACAAUGCUGUCCCUGCUGAAGGCCAUCGAGCCAGAGACCAUCUACGCCGGCUACGACAGCACCCUGCCCAUCACCUCCACACGCCUCAUGACGACCCUGAACCGAUUGGGCGGCCGACAGGUCAUCUCAGCUGUCAAGUGGGCCAAAUCUCUGCCAGGUUUCAGGAACCUGCACCUGGAUGACCAGAUGACCCUGUUGCAGUGCUCAUGGCUCUUCCUCAUGUCUUUCAGUCUGGGCUGGAGGUCUUAUCAACAGAGCAAUGGCAACAUGCUCUGUUUUGCACCUGACCUCGUCAUCAAUGAGGAGCGAAUGAAGUUGCCGUACAUGGCUGACCAGUGUGAGAUGAUGCUGAAGAUUUCCAGCGAGUUCGUGCGACUGCAGGUUUCCCACGACGAGUAUUUGUGUAUGAAGGUCCUGCUGCUGCUCAGCACAGUGCCCAAGGAUGGUCUGAAGAGCCAGGCUGUGUUUGAAGAGAUUCGGAUGAACUACAUCAAGGAGCUGGGGAAAGCCAUUGUGAAGCGUGAGGAGAACUCCAGCCAGAACUGGCAGCGUUUCUAUCAGCUCACCAAGCUGCUGGACUCCAUGCAUGAGAUGGUUGGCGGACUUCUCGACUUCUGCUUCUUCACCUUUGUGAAUAAAUCCCUGAGUGUGGAGUUCCCAGAAAUGCUGGUGGAGAUCAUCAGCAACCAGUUACCAAAAUUCAAGGCCGGGAGUGUCAAACCCCUCCUCUUCCACCAGAAAUAACUGUGACCCCCCCCCAUUAACGGACACAAUGCCUUAAAAAGAAGUCCCACCACGCCACCUCCCCACUACCCCCACCACCUCACAUCGCCCUGCAGAAGGACGAUGCAAGGACCGAGGAGAGAAUGAUGUUAUGCAACGUUGUGCAGUGGCUGACCGGUCUGGAGGGAGAGACUGGACAUGUUUGUUUGUAUAGGAACCAGACGGUGAGAGCAGUGUUUUGAUUUUUCUUUUUUGUCUAAGGUGUAGUGUAUAACAACAAGUAGGAAUUAUUUGUAAGAUAAGCAGAUAAUCACACAGAGAAA